AUGUGUGCGACGACUUCUAUUUUUUCUGUUAAUGUCAGAGGUAUUAAGAAUGAAGUGAAAAGGAAAAGCUUGUUCUUAUUUCUUCAGAAUAAAGGGGCAGAUUUUUAUUUCAUUCAAGAGACCCACUCUUCUGAAACUGAUGUCUCAUAUUGGAGGAAUCAAUGGGGAAGGAAUGUAUGGCUCUCUCAUGGCAGCAAUCGCUCAGCGGGGGUCGCCAUCCUACAUGGGAAAUAUGGUGGGAAAAUUAUAAAGUAUGACGCUGAUAAGGAUGGCAGGUGGAUCAUUCUCUUGGCAGAUAUCAACCAAUCGUCUGUUAUUCUGAUUAAUGUAUAUGGGUCAAACAGUAAAUCUCUCAAUAACAUAAUUUUCUCAACAUUGGAAAAUAAGAUUAAUUAUUGGCUGACACUGUUUCCCUCAGCAGAGAUCUUAUGGGGUGGAGACUUCAACACAGUAUUUGAUGGUAGUCUGGACAGAUGGCCUCCAAAAGCCAAACAGAUAACCGAAUUGGAAAAUAUCUGCGACAGAAUGAACCUGAUUGAUAUAUGGAGACACAGACACCCACAGGAAAAAGUAUUCACAUGGAGCAACAAGGACAGAUCCUGCCAAUCUCGCUUAGAUUUUUGGUUAAUUUCGGCUGAAUUAGAAAAUAAGGUAGACUCAAUCAAAAUAGAACCCACAAUAUUGACAGACCACAAAGCUAUAUCAAUUCAAUUCCAUCUUGGAUCUGACAGGCAGAGGGUCAAUAGAGAUUAUUGGAAAUUAAACAAAACGUUGCUACAAAAUAAGGAAUUUGUAAAGGAAAGCCAAAUAAUCAUCGACAAAUGUUGGAGACAAGCAAAUUUACUGAAGAAUUUUGGAUUAUACUGGGAAUUAAUGAAAUAUGAAAUAAGAAAGUUAGCUAUAAGGUUAAGUAGAAAAACCAGCAGACAUAAUAAAGAAAAAGAACUUCAACUUGUCACCCAAAUUUUUCCAUUAUCUGAGAAAACAGACCCAACCAGUGCUGAGGUAGAACAAUUGGCUUACCUACAAACUGAAUUAGACAAACUUUUCGAGGGGAAAGCUAGAGGAGCCUUCAUCAGAUCCAGGAGGAAAUGGCUUGAACAAGGGGAAAAAUGCACCAAAUAUUUCUUUAGUCUAGAAAAAAGGAAUUACGAAAUGUCUUCUCUCUGCAAACUUAAAAUUCAUGACGCUGUGUGUGAAAAUGAAAAACUAAUUUCGCAAUAUGUUGCACGCUUUUAUGAAAAGCUGUAUAUGACUGACCUGUUAAAUGAAGAUAAAAUGUCACUAUUUCUUCAGACCAUACAACCAAAUAUUAGAAGAAUAGAUGAUGACCUCCAUGUAACGUGUGAUCAAAAAAUAACGAUAACAGAGGUACAAAAAUGCAUCGACUCCCUCAAGGACAACAAAGCCCCAGGUAAUGACGGGAUAACAGGGGAAUUUUAUAAAUACUUUAAACAAGCAAUCGCUCCAUUUUUAACUGAGCUAUUUGAAGAGGCUUUAGACAAGGAAGAACUCCCCCACACUUUAAGACAGGGACUGAUAAAACUAAUUCCAAAACCAAAAAAAGAUGAAUUAAACAUUGAAAACUGGAGACCAAUUAGUUUAUUAAAUAAUGAUGCAAAGCUGUUUGCUCUCAUCUUUGCUAAAAGAUUGAAAAUAGGACUAGUUGAUAUUAUAGAUGAGGAGCAAUCUGGGUUUAUGCCAGGGAGAAAUAUUGUAAAUAAUAUUCGUCUGAUUCUGGAUAUGAUAGACUAUAAUGAAUUUAUACCUGAUGAAAGUUUUAUUCUGUUUGUGGACUUUGUAAUUGUAAUUUUAAUGUCUUUGUUAAGAAUUGCUUGA